AUGGGGCUAGAAAGAGUACCCUCCCGGAACAACGGGUUUCUGUCUCCGCCCCGCUCUAGAUCCUGCCCGGCCGCGGGGAAGGGCAUGAACCCGCUGACUGUGGCAGCAUGUGUCAUGGCAGUCUCUCUGGCUGCGCUCCUGUUUCUGAACCUUGAGGCGCGGUUCUCGACUUUGCCGCCAGCUGGGGGCUGGAAGGAGUCUGAGGGGACAACUGAGGGGGGCAUGUUCACACUGGACCAGGUCCAGUUGCUUCUCGCCGCCACCAACUCCUCUUACGAGAUCGCUUCCACAGACGGCGCCAAAAUGCUCUUCAGCGCGGAACAAGUCGCGGCUCUAGUUACCCUCCAAGCCCCACAAAACGUCACCGAAACAGACCCCUUAGCCCGCCAGCUGUCGCCGGCAGAAACUGACCUUCCCGCUCGCCAGCUGUCCCCGGCAGAAGACGAGGGGACCGCUGAGACGGAAACAGGGCCCAGUCAGAAAGAGCAGGAGCUAGAGGAGAAAGUGAGGGCCUUGUUGGCGGCGUGGGCGGAAGCCUACAACGUUGAUGACGUGUACAGUGAUGACGUGGCGGGAUUGGGGGAGGCGGUACCAAGGACGCCGCAUCUGGACGAUUGCAAGGACUUGGACAGUGUGAAUAGGUUCAACGACAGGCGACAAGCAGACGGCUCCCCGCCCCUUUGGUCGCAGUGGUCGGGCGAGAUCGAUUUCCGGAUGAACCGCUUGACUGACCCGGAAAGCACGGGCUGGGUUGAUCGCACCGAUGAGCUUAUUGGGCUGCGCCCCACCAUUUCGGGGCCCUUUCCCCCCUGGAUUGUGGGCGCGGACGAGGACAACAUGGUGCUAACGCGGCGCGUGCAACGAGACCUGUGGAUGCACCAGCACCCGCGGGACUGCAACGACCCGAACCUCAGGUUCUUUUACCUCAAGUUCUUCGACGCGGAAGAGUACCACUACGGAACCGGCGCGCAGAUUCAAGCGGCGGAGGGCGUGUUUGGGAAGAUGAUUGCAGAGGGGCGCAUCGUCGUGUUUGCGGACUAUGACCGAGCGGACCACGACGGUUGCCGAGGCGACGACCGGAACCGUUGGUCGUGCUACUUCGCACCUGAGACGAGCGACGAGUGCCGGACACGUGCCGCGCAGCUAUACGCGGAUCCCGAGGCGCGGCAAAAUAAGGUCAUCACCGACCUAACGGACCACCCGCCGCACUUCUGGUUUGUCACGGACGACAUCCCAAAGAUUUGGGGAAAGCCCUGGCUAUCCCAGGUGCCGACGAUCGAGAUUGGUGACGCGUUGCUGACGAUGACCGGGGAAGAGCACCGGCGGUGGUGGCGGAGCCAGGCGACCCGAUACCUCAUGCGGUACCCCAGCCAGUACCUCUGCCGGCUUAUGAACCGGGAGCGGCAGCGAAUGUUCGGAUACGAGGAGGCUAAGAGUAUCAUUUCAAGCGCGGGCGACGAGCCACCGCCCGCGGCCGCGCCAACCGCGCUCGCCGCCGCGGUAUGGCCGCGCCGGCGGCCGUACUUGAUGCGCCCGACGAUCGCGCUUCACAUACGACAAGGCGACAAGAAGAGCGCGGGCGAAAUGGAGCUGUUCGGGUUGGAGGACUACAUGAGCCUUGCGGAGAAAGUGCGGUUGCAUCAUCCUGACGUCACGAGCAUCCUGCUGACGACCGAGAUGGAGGACAUCGUUGCGCAAGCCCAGACGUACGCGCGCUGGCGCAUGCUCUACACGGACGUGCCACGUCAGCAGGGGGAGGAGCCCAUGUGGCACUACGAGAAGCGCAUGGGGCGCGAGCUGAGCUCAGCAAACGCGUUCGUGAAUUUAAUGCUGUCCAGUGAGGCGAACUACUUCGUGCUCACGAUGGGCUCCACGUGGAGCCUUCUGAUUGAUAACUUGCGGAGUACGAACGGGCGGUUGCGACGGGGGGUGCUCAGUGUGAAUAGGGACCGGCGGUGGGACUGGAACGAUGGCGUCACGGACGUGUGA